AUGGCGGCGGGAAAAUACUUUCAGAGAGAAGUGUUGCCGGUAACGGCGCUGGUAAUAAUGGAAUGUGCCAACGUUGGGCUAAACACUCUGUUCAAGGCAGCGACUUUGCAAGGCAUGAACUUUCAUGUCUUCAUCGUCUACUCUUACGGUCUCGCUGCUCUUCUCCUCCUCCCUUCUCCUUUCUUCUCCUACAGAUCAAGAACGCUUCCACCAAUGAAUUUCUCAAUUCUCUACAAAAUCGUGCUUCUAGGGCUAAUUGGAUGCUGCUCGAACAUAAUGGGAUACACAGGGAUCAAUUAUAGCUCUCCAACACUUGCUUCUGCUAUCAGCAACCUCACUCCUGCGUUUACCUUCUUGCUCGCCGUCCUUUUCAGGAUGGAGAGUGUGUCUUUCAAGAGGACAAGCAGUGUGGCUAAAAUGUUAGGAACCGUAGUUUCCAUUGGAGGUGCAUUCAUAGUGACUCUUUACAAUGGUCCUGUCGUGAUCGCUAUGUCACCACCGUCAGUUUCUUUGCGAUCACAAUCGCCAGACCAUAAUUGGAUAAUCGGCGCGGCUUUCCUUGCGGUCGAGUAUUUCAUGGUUCCAUUGUGGUACAUUGUUCAGACUCAAAUUAUGAGAGAGUAUCCAUCAGAGUUUACCGUUGUUUGCUAUUAUAGCAUAGGCGUGAGCUUUUGGACUGCACUUGUCACAUUGUUUACCCAAGGAAGUGAGUUGAGUGCAUGGAAGAUCAAACCGAACUUAGCGUUAGUAUCGAUUGUUUGCUCGGGAUUGUUUGGAUCUUGCAUAAACAACACAAUCCACACGUGGGCGUUGCGGAUCAAGGGGCCUUUAUUUGUUGCCAUGUUCAAGCCAUUGUCGAUUGCGAUUGCCGUUGCAAUGGGCGUGAUCUUCCUCCGAGACUCUCUCUACAUCGGCAGCUUGAUUGGGGCAACGGUGAUAACAAUCGGGUUUUACACGGUGAUGUGGGGAAAAGCCAAGGAAAUAGCCAUGGUCGAAGAUGACAACAACAAGGCUAAUCAAAAGGAGCCUCAAGAAGCUGACCUUGAUUCUCCAUCGGGUUCACACAAGGCUCCUCUCUUGGAAAGUUACAAGAACGACGAACAUGUCUAA